AUGGUGCUGCAAGAACAUCCUAUAUCAAAGCCCUCGAUGCAAUCCACGAUCAAGGACUUCGACUGUGCACAGGAGCUUUCCGAACCUCUCCUGUGGAUAGUUUCAGCCAACAAAGAUGGUACUUAUAUUGUUCGAGUAUAUCUGAAGCACAGAUAUAAUUUCAUCAAAGAAGGAAUGUCAUACAGAUUCACAGGUAUGAUUAAGGAAGGAGACACAUUCUGGGCUGUCAGUACCACCACUAUUGGUUGUAUUGCUCCUCUGAAAAAUGUCACCACAUUGGACAUGGAACUCCCUGAAAAUGAGAAGCAUGAAGGAGCAUCUAGGUGUCUGAAGGAUGCACUACAUUGUCCUCACAAAUCCACUGUUAAAGGGAAGGUUGUACAGAUCUCUCCACUUAAACGAAGGAGAAAUGGUACCCUCGUCGUAAGGACUAUCUCCAUAAAAGACACUUCUGGUGUUGCAAAGAUAUGCCUUUUCGAAUCUACAGCAGAAAUGCAGUUCGAAAGGGAUCAAAUAUUGCAAGUCACUUCCGUAUAUCCGACGAUUUUUCAAGGUGCACAGCAACUGACAGGAUCAGUCAGCACAAAAUGCCAGUUUGUCCAGGAUGAUAAUUUCAAAGAUUUACCUGUUACAGAGAAAUAUUUUCUUGAGGAUCAUGAUUUUGACAUAGAAGAGGAUCUUGCGGAUGGGGAACCUUUUCAGAUAAAUAUGAUUUCUGAUGCCUACAGAUAUUUGUGCUGUUCAAGUGAAGGAGGUCGCAAAAAAAAAAAUACUUGA